AUGUGGAGAAUCGUGUUCUCAAAGAUCAGCGCAUUGGGUGGCAAAUGGAGAAAUCUGGAGACGGAAUACGAGGCAAAAGUGAUGGGCAAACAACGCCAGGAGCCCCGUUGGGAACAGUGUGUCUCUAUUGUACAAUCCGUGGUCGGCAUCGGUCUCUCAAACCUCUAUAUCAAUCGAUACUUUAACAACGAUAACAAACAAAUGGUUUAA